GCAUGGUGACAGAGGGAGUGAAGGCCGGGAGGUGGCAGACUGUCCAGGGCCACAUGCAGUCUGGAGGACUGAGACCCAGCAAGUGAGUUCAGAACCGGGCAUUUAAAAAGUCAACGUUCAUGUUUUACAAUGCAAAUGUCACCCUGGUAAGUUUUGUGCCUCGGCUGUGAUUAGGUGAGUGUAUCAGCAGUGAGAGUCAGGUCCAGGAAAGUGCUGCUCAGGUAUGGAGCUGAGCGUGUGGGCAUAAAUCAAAAUAUGAUCUCUGGGGAAAGGUGAAUUCUCGCCAUCAUGAGCAGACAACAAUAGUUACAGGAGCUGCGUAGCACUGUGACUCAAACCUUCAGCUCAGACAGCCGGCCCGGCUGCACGGUGUGGCCUCCUGUACCAAUCUGCAGGAGAACAUGAUUUAUUUAUGUGAAGAACUGCACAGCCUGCGAGUGCACUUCAACAGUGCAACACAGAAAUAGUCUCAUUUUCACACACCGACUAAAAUAAUGCGUCACUUGCUGCCAGCCUGACUUUUAAUUAAGAGUUAGGCUGAAUUGCGAAUUGCGUAUUGGUCUCCGACUGCUUGUAUCCCACAACCAUGACGUACAACAUGAUUUAGGCCCCCCUGUAAAUUCAGCGAGUUGAAAAUGAGGCAGUUGAGUUCUCCAUGAUUUCUUUUGCACCUUCCUUUGGCACCUCGUGCCUGCGAUCUCUUCCUCCACAACACAUUUACACUCAUCACUUCCUCACUCCUCAUUCCCUCCUUCUCUCCUCAUCUUUCUUUUUGCCCCUCUCUAUAAUUGGAUUCUAUUUCCAGGCUCCUGUAAGUGUCUGUGUCUCUUGUGUUUGUGUCUCGCACCCCAUUUUCUGUUUCUCCUCCAUCGUCACCCUCCGUUCUUAUCGUUCCCAUCACUCCCUCCAUCUAUCCGUCGCCGUGUAAAGCCACUCCUCGUCUUUGCCUUUUUCUUCUGUUUUGCCCACAAACUCUUUUGUUCCUGCAUUCCCCUUUUUAUCCUUUCAUCUGUGACACUUAAAAUAUGAUGGAUAGCGCACUAAAAGCCUUAUUGCCAAAAUUGCAUUAUAGGUGAAGUAAUGCAAAGCAGAGUAAACUGAUGUGAGUGGCUCUCUCAUGACCUAAUUCUGGUAGUCUAGGUUACACAGAUCUGAGAGAGAGGAGGUUAUAUUUAGGGAGUUGAAUAGAUUUAAAAGAGAUGAUACUAAAGAGCCCAGAAAACUAAAGAAAUAAAGAACACAUUAGCGAAAUAUGAUUCACUCACCAUUGUGUUGACAGGACUAUUGAAACAUUGUUUGACAUUGAAGCUAAUGAGCCAAUUAAACUGCAUUUAUAAAGAGGAGGAGUGGGAAGUGAAAUGGUGACAGAGGGAGGGAGUCGUACUGUACGACAUGGUUGGCUGUCGGGAUGUCUCUAGAGGAGCAGCAUGUGUUUAAAAGACCACAAAGACGAAAAAAGGAGGAGAGGCUAUCAGAGAUGGGAAAAGUUGACUGACGAGUCGAGAUAAUGGGGAUCUCUCAUCAGACCAAAAAACCCCCGACGGGAAGGCCCGGGAGCAUCAGAACCUCCAUCCACACCCUUCGACGCAGUCACGUUGGGCACGGCCGCAUCACGCCCGUUGGGACGGUGCACAUCCGACCCCUGCCCGCGCGGAACACCCCCGCACGCAAACAGCACGCGCAGACCACGCAGACACGCAGGGUUCACACACAUCUGACGCAGCCGACACGCAGGGCGAGCUCACCGUCUGCACGAUGCUGCCCGCCGCCGCCCCACGAGCAGCACACGGCACACAGCGACCACUCAGGCUGCACCUUUUACUGCUAUUUCUGCUACUGCUGUUACUGCUGCUGCCUCACGUUGCUCUCUUUCUCUCUCCUCCUUCUCCUGUCCCCUCUUCCCACCACUCCUCCCUCUGCCUACUUUUCCACUUUGUCUUCAAACUCCACCCUUCCUCCUCCUUCCUCCUCCUCCUCGCGAUCAUCCACUUCCUGUCUGGAUGAACUUUCCUGUUUCUAUCCUGAUGUCAACCUGACUUCUUCUGCUGUGUCUCCCCUCUGCCCUCUGGCACCUUGUCUCAUCUCUGAGGAUUCUCUCCCCGUCUUCUUCGUCUCAUCUCCCCUCCUUACCCCCUCUGACCAAUUUACCUCCUCCUGCCACGGCUCCUCUUCUACAUCUUUUUCUUCUUCUUCUUCUUCUUCUUCUUCUUCUUCUUCUUCUUCUUCUUCUUCUUCUUCUUCUUCUUCUUCUUCUUCUUCUUCUUCUUCUUCUUCCGUGACCUCUGACUCCUCCUCCCCUCCUCCUCAUCCUGUCCUCUGCCGGCCGUGGCCUUCUUCACGUUCUCUUUCCUCCCUGCUCCUCUGCCCUCCCAGCUUUGGGGAUCCAGUCCUAUCCUAUGCAUCCACUUUGGAGCACAUCCCUUCUGGGCCGGCCCGGCCUCGGACACUCUUGCGCCAGCAGAGUCUUCAGCAGCCUCUCAUCCAACCGCCGGGCCCCCGGCUAGCACAACCUCCCACCACAUCCCAGAGCUUGGGACAAUUACACACUGCACCUGGACAGCCAGGGGGAGGCGGGGGGGCUGGGCGAGGAGAGGGAGGUGGCAGCGGUGGUGAGGGUGGGGUUGCAGGUACGCGAGGCGGUCCCCGGGGUGCGCGGGGCAGCCCAGCAGGAGCAGGUGCCUCUCGCUAUAAGGAAGGUGGAGCAGCAGGGCGCUCACAUGCCAAUCCCGGCAGCUGGGAUUACAUGAUGGACCAGAUGCGGAAUCGAGGCCUGGAUGCAAAGUCCUUCUUGUGAGUCUCUACAGUUUUUCUUUCAUAUCUUUAUGGAGUGUUUGUAGUGUCACCUGCUUGAAGCCUGUGUCUCUACCUGUGUCUUAUAGUGUAUGGCAUGCUACUGGUUAUUUUGUGUUUUUGUUUUAAGUAAUUACCUAGUUUUAUCCCUUAGUGUUUUACAAUGUUUUAGGAUCGAUUAGUUCAUAAUGUUUACAAUAUGUAAGUAUUAAUCUGUUUUUACCUUUACCUUUGUUAAAAUAUACUUCUGUGUUUCUUCUGUUGGGUGUCUCCUCUCAGUGUUUAUACGAUAUCCAGGGAAGGAUAGUUCUAAUGUCAAAUAAAACACGUGCAGUAUGUUUCUGGAUGCAUGUGUUAAUGUGUAGCUAUUGUUCCCAGA